UACGGCGGGUCGCAUUUGAUGGCUCAGCACUGGCCGUUGAACGAUGGAUGCAUGGAGAUUGGCCCUCAUUAUCCCUUCGACAACGGACCUAAUGGAUUGAACACGCUCGUUUCCACGCAUUGGGUGACGAGUAACGGAUGUGCAGUCGUGGCGGAUCCGGAUACUCCAUUUUUCCACGUUGGUCUCAACGCGCCGAACGCGACUUGGUUCGACGGAUUUUUUAGUAAGCGAGCGUUUGGUGUGGGCAUUCAAAACGCGA